AUGGGCGACGAUAAGUUUGUGAACGUGGGGCGGCUGGAGGCCGUGAACAGUAUAGCCAGUACCAGCACCUCGGAGCUGGAAACUAACCACUAUGGCCACCUUACCCUUUGGCAGUCCAUCAAGAAGUGGCGUCGUGUCGUCCUUUACUGCGUCGGAAUGACAUCCGCCAUCCUCAUGUACGGUUAUGACUAUGUUAUAGUUGGCACCACAUCAGCUAUGCCUAGCUUUCAGCAAGAUUUUGGUCAGCGCCUCAACGACAAAUGGAUCCUGCCAUCACUCUGGCUCGGUCUUUGGAACUUCGUGAGCCCUGGGUGCUCCAUGGUUGGCUCCCUGAUCGGAGGCAUCUUCCAGGACAGAUACGGCCGCCGGGCGUCACUCGCUGUCGGUUCUUUCCUGUCAGCCAUCGGCGUGGCUGUCUGCUUCAUAUCAAACCUGUCCCCCGAUAUCCACACCCGGCGCGGCGUCUUCCUUGCAGGCAAAGGAUUCCAGGGCGGGGCCAUCGGCAUGGUAAUGACCACCUCACAAACGUACAUGUCCGAGAUCCUGCCGCCCAACCUCCGAGGACCACUGCUUGCCUUUUUUCCCAUCUUUACCUUGCUCGGACAGCUUACGGGAGCCGCCGUUAUCUUUGCGUGCAUGAACAUGGAAAAUGGAUACACAAUCUGCUUUGCAUCGCAGUGGCCGUUCUCCGCCCUCCCGUUGUUGAUGGCUUUCCUCAUUCCCGAGAGCCCAACAUUCCUGCUCCGCAAGAACCAAGACUCAAAGGCCCGCAAGGCCCAGGCGAAGCUGGAUGUACAAGGCGCGGUUCCAGAGGAUACUCUCGAGAUCAUCCGGCGGAAUAUCGAGCAUGAGAGACGGCAGACCAAGGCCACCUACAUUGACUCCUUCCGAGGCAUCAAUCUUCGGCGGACGUUGAUCAUCAUGUUCGCCAACUCGCUACCAAACAUAUUUGGUCUGACCUUGCUUGCCAAAUCCAGUUAUUUCGUGCAGAUGGUCGGCAUGAAGGCCAAUUUGAGUGUCAUCAUCCUCAUCCUCGGUCUCGUCUGUGGCCUCAUUGCAAACAUCGUCAGCAUCUGGACCCUCUCGAGAAUAGGGCGCAGGCGGCUUAUCUUAACCACACUGUCGCUCCUGACACUAGUGUGGACCGCCAUGGGUAUCGCGGGAUGCUUCCCAGGCCCUGUAACCGUAUGCCGUUGUUAUUGUGGCCGGGCUGGGGUUUGGCCCGCGUCGCACGUUGUGAGUGCCGAGACCUCUGCGCUUCAUCUGCGUUCCAAAGCCCAAGGGAUUGGUUGGUUUACUGCCGGCGCGAACAAUGCUAUCUUUGGUUUUGUGCUGCCGUACAUGUUCAACCCCGACAAGGGCAACCUUAAAGCCAAGACCGGUUUCGUGUUUGCCGGACUUUGUGCUCUCGGGCUUGUCGUUUCCUUCUUCCUGGUGCCAGAGAUGAAGGGACGAACGCCGGCUGAAAUUGAUCGCAUGUUCGAGUCGAGGCUACCGGCAAGACAGUUCCGACACUGGACCAACUCAUCCGUGGAAUUGGAAAAUAAAGGUUCGGCUCGAGUUGAGCGCUCUGUUGUGUAA